ACCCUUAGAUUACUAAAAUCUCUUGUUUUGAGCUUGCGAAAACUCUCACAGUCAAGCCACAAAACAAAAAGAGAAUCACUGCAAUACAACUUCUCAGUAUGCCGCUUUUCAAACGACAACGUAGUGAAAGCAUGCAAUAUGCACAAUCGAAACCGUCUGUAUCAACAACUCCGUACCCGUCGGGUAGUUCUAUAGACCGCAGCGGGGACGCCGAGUACACUUCUUGUUCCGAACCCGCUGCGUUUCCGCAAAGUCCUGCACACGUUGCCAAGAAUGCUUACCAAGAGCAACAGAAUCCGCAGCACCAAGGAAAAGUUAUUCUAAAUACAAAUUCUGGGGCGGGAUCGUAUCAACGAACGCAACGAAUCGGGGCGAUUGCGAUUCGGAACGUACGAUUUGCCGAUCAAGCGCUCUUGUAUCCGAACGAUCGCACAGAGGAAGAGGUUCAAGAUGCUUGGUAUUCCGGAGAUGAACUCGAUGUUUUCAAGAAGGAGCGACGAGAUUUGGUGAAGCAAUUGAAACGUGUCAACUUUGAUCUCUCUCAAAUCGAUCAGACACACACGUCCCUGCGUGGCUUUGAACCAUACUUUUCAAUGGAAAUCAACAAGGCUACCAAAAGUGCUCGCAGCUUUGUAUACCAUGUCGUAUUUGGCGAACAAGAACGCCAGCGCAUGUUGAAUAUUGUAGACCGGGAAGCUUUGCGGGAAUUAGCUGCACAAGCAUCUGACUGGGCCUGUGCAAGUGCCAUGCAAUUGGGAUACAAAGAUGCCCUGGAGUGUCACCUGGAGAGCCUGCUCUUUUUCCAAGAACGAUGCAGUAUUUCUCCAUAAAGUUUUUGCGUU